AUUGGUCAACUAUAGUGCGAGAACUUGGCCUAGCCUGGCUACAGGGUCAGGUGGGUGCCGCAGCUUUGACUGGUUUCUAGUCAAAUUUAACCAGAGUGUUUUCAUGCAUGCAGCCCCAGUGCUGUUGAGGUUUUACGGCUGACCUCUGUCGACGAGAUAUAUACUCAUGCGUAACCAGCGAAAAUCCGGUAUAGAACAAAAUAACACACCCAUACAGAUGGACCCAGGAACUAUUAUGGGAUAUGCCAUCAAGGAUCAGCUGACCAUGUGAAUUAGAAUGACAAAAGGUCACAUAAUCAAGUUAUACCUCACGGUCAGCCUGUCAACAUAUUACAGUGCACGAAAGAUAUACACGUGUCAGACGAUCUACUCCAUUACGGGCUCGUUUACAUUAUAGCCAAUCAUGUUUCCUCAAGUGUACGGUUUUCUCGAUCUUUUGCUAUUAUGUCUCUUCACACAGGGACUUGGCGAUCAUGCCGACAAUCAAGCCAGAAUCUUGAUUUUGGGGGCGGGGGCUUCUGGCUUACAAGCGGCCAGGACUCUCCACGAUGCUGGAAUGGAUGACUUUAUCGUCGUUGAGGCUGCUGAUCGGAUCGGUGGACGCGUCCAGAGCACACAAUUCGCUGGCUACACAGUGGGGCUUGGGGCACUGUGGGCAGCCCCAGAAUACUCCAAAACUGACCAAAUUGUCCGCGAUCUCGACUUAGGUCGUCACCCGAGUGAUUAUGACAACUUGACUAUCCGCAACGCGACCGGGCACGAUGUGACUGACGAGGCCGAUGCUAACUACGAGCGUCUAGAAAAAGGCAUCGAAAAACUUCACGAACUGAGUGCAAGACUGAAGAAAAAUGACGAUAUACCAGACAUAUCCAUGCGUUCUGCCCUUCGAAUUGGUGAGUGGGUACCACAGAGUGCGAUUGACAAGGCGAUUGAAUGGUUUGAUUAUGACUUCGAGUACGGAGAGGCACCUGAGGUUUCUUCUACCAAAGCAGCUGUUGCACCGCAGAGCGAGGAGACCAUAGACUACAUCACUGACGAAGGAGGAUUCGAACAAAUCUUUGAUGAGGUUGCUGGUUUCCUGAAGACGCCAGCAUACAUCAACCACACCCGCCUGAACCGGAAGGUGGUAUCCAUCGAUUACAGAAAUGACGCGUCAGUAGUUGUGACGUGUGAGGAUGGCACACGAUACAUCAGUGAGUACGUUCUUAUCACCUUCAGCAUUGGCGUCUUGCAGAAUAAUUUGAUUCAGUUCAUCCCGUCUCUCCCAGAAUGGAAAGAUGUUGAGAUCAAGAAAUUUCAGAUGGCCGCGUACACCAACAUCUAUGUUAGCUUUCCCAGCAAGUUUUGGGAUGAUUCUGAAUGGAUUCUCUACGCCAGCGAGAGAAGAGGUUAUUUUCCACUGUUUCUCAACUACCAGGCAGAUGGGCUGUUUCCUAGCGGGACACCAAUGAUGCUGGUCACUGUUGCUGGCGAUGAAUCUCGGCGCGUUGAGGCACAACCUUCGGAAACGACCAAAGCCGAGAUACAACAAGUCCUUCGUGACAUGUACGGUGACAGCAUCCCUGAAGCCACCGACAUCCUGGUGACUGACUGGUCUCAGAAUCCCCUCACCAAAGGCUCCUACAGCAACGUCCCCGUGGAGGUUCCUACCAAAUGCCGCCAGAAACUCCAGAGCCGAGUGGGUCGCCUCUUCUUCGGCGGCGAGGCAACUUCCGACGACUUGAAUGGCUACAUCGCCGGGGGUUUAGACUCGGGGGACCGCGAGGCCCGCAAGAUGCUGCAGUGUCUUGAAGACUUCGCGGAAUGCCCGGGCUUUGAAGGGUUCGGCCUCGAAUGCGAAAAGGCUAACUUGGCGUGCUCCAUUCGUAAUAGCAGUGCAUCCCUCUUAGGUCUUUGCAGUCUAUUUUUGAUACCAUAUUAUAUCUUAAACUAAGUCCUAUAGGUGGCGUCAAGAAGUUGGUUAUCACUAAAAAAUUAUCAACGGAAAUUGGGUUUAAAGCAUAUAGCAGUGGCUCUCUCGAGAUUAUCAUGGUAUCUAAUCGCUGUUGAUGCAAUUUAUAGUUUGACCAUGUUGGUGUGUCAUUUCUAACGGUGAAUAAUGAAAUUAAGUAAAGUUGGUUUCCUCUAUAUUUUUUUAAAGCCGUAUUAAAAUUAAAACAAUGUAUACGUAGGCCUUAAACAUGUACUUGUACGUUUUAUAAUGCACUAAUGUAUUUUUUAGUGUAUUUGUUAGAUUUGUUUUUUUUCGUGUUAAUAUUUUCUAAGCACUUGCAUGGGUAAUCGGUCGUGCGUAUAAAAACCCCCACCUCUGGAUCCGCGCCUGCUAUUACCCUACGUGUAAACCCUGUGUGUGUGGCAGUUCGUACACACAAAAGAGACCCUAUUGUUGACAAGCAAACUUCAAAUUUCACGCCAUACGCAACAACUAGUGCAUUCGGCACUAACUAGUCUUUGUAUUUCAGCAUUUAAUUCAUUGUUUUAAAGUUCCCUUUGUGGUUCAUUUGCGUAUGUAAUUCAGUUAAAAAGUAGCAACGUCACAAUUAACUUAUCCCAGUUACUAGUCAAGUAUAACUAUUAUUGCUAUUGCUUUUGCCAUUUCUUUCAAAUUAUUUAGUAAAAAACUCUGAAAGCAUGAUGCAGUGCCACAGCUUUUGAUUUCCAUUGUCAACAUUAACCUAUUUCAGUUUCUGAAUAUACCUGACCAACAUGUUUUGCUAACUGUUCGUUUUCACUGUUUUUCACGUUUUUCACUUUUCCCGGCUCCCCGGGUACCCUUGAGGGAAAGUGGCACGUGGUUAUUAUUUUAUUUGGUGUAUUUUUUUUUGUAAGAGGCUGCCGUGAUUUGUAUGUUAUUGUUUCUUUUCUACGCUUAAAUAAAAAGGACUGUGCAUCAAAACUGCAAUUCGAAUUCAGUCAUUAUGUUUAAUUUGUGUCAAAGCUCAAAAUAUGCGUUAUAUGCGAAGAUAAGAAUACAUGGGCCACAACAAUAAGACUGAAACAAAUUAGUGUGCUCCAAGGGUCCUAACUUAAAAGAAUAUUGCGAGACACAAGUUUUGUUCCUUUAAUUAUUUCCUGGUUUAUUGCUUUCCAAUAAUCAGAUCAUUAAAAGUCCAGAUAAUUGGAUCUUUCAUUGUUAAGGAU